AUGCCGGAAAACCAGCAGGAACAAGGCAAGGAAGUUCAAAAGCCUGUGCAGGACGAGGCACCUGCUAUAGAGACCCCGCCCGCCAUCGACAGGAGACCGUCAACCCAAGAGAGCGUCACAAGCGAAAAUGAAGUCUUUUCGGACGCCGUGGAACUCGGGUCUAGCAGUAACAAGGAUGCAGACACUGAAACAGCCGGUUCGGACAGGGAAGGGGCUAGCCAUGCAGCGCAUGGUCUGAACGGAUCCGGCCACGGCCCUCAGAUUACUGUCGAACAGCCAGCUGGCAAGGUAGAAUUGACAGACUCCCAUGAUACGCUGGACCCACCUCGACGACUUAACGGCGUCAGUAAAUCUCGAAGGUCGUCUGACGUCGACCCCGAGGCUCAAGCUAUGGUUAUCGCAUCUCUUCGUUCACAAGUGCAGGAUCUCUUCUCCCAAGUAACACAGCUAAAUAACAAGCUAGUCCAAUCUUACGACCGCGUUUCGGAUCUGGAAGAUGACCUCCAUGUGGCCAACUCAAAACUCCGAGCCUCGUCUCUCAAGAUCUCUCAGCUGGAGCUCGAGCGGACGCAGCACCUUGCCGCACUAAACACUGGUUUGUUGGUUGAGAGAACGCAUGUCACUGCGGAGCUUACGAGGCUGAUGGAGAAGGCGACCGAAGAAGCAGCCAGCCGCGGAAAGGCGGAGAGUGCGCGCGCGGAGAUAGAGAAAGACUUGGAUGAUCUAAGUGCGAGUUUGUUCGACCAAGCUAAUACUAUGGUGGCGGAGGCACGCUUAGCGCGAGCAAUCAGCGAACGCAAGGUGGAAGAAGCCGAGCAGGCCCUGAAGGGCGCGGAAGAAGCUGUCAAUGUGAUGCAGCAGCAGAUGCAAGCCAUGCAGCAAGAGAAGGAGCGCGCCCUGGCGCAGAUGGAGGAAAUGAAGUAUGUCAUGGGCAAAGGGAAAUGGGUCGAACGGGAUCAGUACCCUUCGACUUCCAGCCCGCUGCUAAGGCUCCUGAGCUCCCAUACUCCGUAUCAAGAGUUCCUCCUUUUCGUUGCUCAUCUACGAAAUCUUCGCCCCGCUUCUCCGAGUCCCCCGGCAAUGUCAUCAUUGCUGCCCUUGCCAUUUGUUGCGAGACUGGUAAUCGAGGACACAGACCCUACACUUCGCUUCGACAUAGCGCCGUCAUUAAACUGGCUCUCUCGUCGGUCCGUUCUGUCAGCCAUCCAUAACGGUCAAUUGUCGAUUGAGCCCAUGUCCACAUCGACGCUUAUACAAGAAGCAUCCUUCCCGUCGCCCGGCCUCCCGGGCACCUCGAGCAACUCAGGAAUUUCUUGCGCACUUUGCGGGACGUGCAUCGUCCCUGCGCACGGGGACAUGUCCUACCUCCAUUCGAAACCCCCUCAACAUCCCAGAUCAUCCUUAUCCGUUUCCAGGAACAACACAGGCCAGUCGAACUCGUCUUGGUCGUCGUUCCUCCCAAAGAACCCGUUGAUAUCCGCUACCGCCUCUGUGCCCUCUACUCCUGCUCCCCGGGACUGCUCGAUGUCAGGCCUAGAUAUCCGCUCGAAUUCUCAACCACAUCUUCCAUUACCUCCGCCCGCUCAGAUAUACGUCUUCCGCCUGUCAGUCCCCAACAAUACCACCAAUGCCUCCCAGACGUCGCUUACUAUUGCAGCGAGGUCAGGUAACCCCACCGUCUAUCCGCUUUGUCGGUCAAGCUGGUGCCUCGCCCGGCUCCGGACGACCUGUUCUCUUUGGGCGUUUGUAAAGUCUGGAGUUGUCGACAAGGUAUGGGAAGAGGAGCUGCCCUCGGCCGGUCCGCCACAUGGAGAAGGUUGGGAGAUCGUCGGUGGGGAGAAGAACGGCGAUGGUAAGACUCUUGAGAAGCCCCCGGUCCCACCACGCAGAAAGGGGUUGUGGGAGAGGGCAUCUUCCAUGGCAUCCUCGGCUUUGGGGACUAAUAACUCGAAGGAGAAAUCCUUGCCCGCAACGCCUCACCCCGAACGUGUACCAUCGACUCCGGCGAAUACACCCCGACCGCCAUUGCCGGCACGGUCCAAGUCUAGACUCCUUUCCAGCUCCACGCAGGAGGUCAAGGCAGCGCCUGCACUGGGCGAAAGUGCUGUCGUCAAUGGCGGCCUUACGGGCGAGCCUCAGUCGUCGAUUUCCGAUAAAGCAUCCGCAGAUGUCCUGCAAGCGUCACUAUCUCAGAAAGUGGAUGGUACAGCAGAAACUUCAGGUAGUCAAGUCGAUCUUGCGGCUGCGAGUGCCUCGGCGGCACCACUGUCAGACUCUGUGAAGGCAGAUGAAGCUGUUCCGAUGGACCCUUCAGCCGCAGUGGAGGAAGCGCGAGCAAGUUCGCCUGCGACCGAACCUGCUCCCGCUGUCGAGCCGUCACAACCAAAACAGCCGACGAAAUGUUCCACUGAACCUUCGCGACAGCCCCCCGCGGAGGACGCAAAGGAAUCCGAGGCAUUUCCCCCUCCGCCUGUACUGAGCAAUAUUCAGGACGCCGUGAAGCCCCCGUCACGCACUGGUUCACCCGCGCCGCCACCUCUCCCUCGCCGUGCUGCGGCUCGAGCAAGACCGUUGUCCGUCGUUGCGCCCCCUCCAGCCACGACUGAAGGAGCUUCUCCCGCAAGUGCUCAUCCAGAGAAGCAGGAACCGUUGUCCGAUGCGGCACAGCAACUUGCGAUGGACGGAGAUGCUGCCCCGUCUGCCGCACCAGCUCUUGUGGAGGAGCAAGAACAGUUCAAGGCGGAGCAGCCGGAACCCAUGGCUUCGUCUAAGUCGCCUAUCUCUGCUCCUCCAGAGGCGGAAUCUUUGGCGCCAGACGAGACGAAGGACCCUGCGGAUCCCCCUGGACCCCAGUCAUCUCAGGAAGCUGCCCCCGAUGUCGACAAUCGCGUUGAGGCUCCAAAAUCUGACCAUGAGCCCGACCACGAGGGUAGCCCGAUGCAUGUUUCCGUCAUCGCCGAUCAGCGGGAUAUUGAGAAGACUGAAAUGAAAGAAGAGCAGCCGGAGCAGAACGUGAACGAGGAGACAGGGCUCUUCGUCGGCGAUGCAACAUGGGAGGAGCGCACCUGGAAGGAAAUCGUGAGGCUGAAGGAGGAUAUGUUCUGGGCGCGCAUCGGGUGCGUUCGGUGAUCGGACAUUCGCAAUUGCAUUAUAUACCCCAUCUAAGAUACAUGUACCUGGACCUUGAGCUAUCGAUUGUUUUGCACUCACACAUACUGUAUUACCAUAUUCUAGAUGAAGAACCAUGAAUAUUUAUCACGUG